AGGACAGGUCUCCGUGACAAUUGCGGUCAAUCAGGCUGGCAUUGUCAGAAACGUGACCGCACGUUCUCAGUCGGAAGAGAGCCUGAGACGCUCGUCGGCGACCGAGCGGUCGAGACGUGCCUCGUCGAUCCUCUCGGAAAGAGAGAAGCGUAGGGUCCGCGCUCGCGAUCGUCACCGCUGAUCUCUGAUCCGUAGGCUGAAUUAUAUACUUGAAAUCGUGAACAAGAGCUUACGAUUUUCGAUCGGGCCGUCUCGCUGCGAAAUCGCUCAGGACCAUUCGACGAGGGUCGGGCAGAGAGGAUCGAGCGAGGUAUUCGAGGAUCUCAUAGAAAAUAGCGUAUUUCUCGUCGCGAUUCUCGCCCGGGCAGGCCAGGAAGAGGAGGAGGAGGAGGAGGAGGAGGAUAAGAAGAAUACACGACUGUGAUCUACAAUGCGCCUAAGCAACUAGGCUAGAAAUAAGAAGAAGCAGAAGAGGGAAGAGGAAGAGUACCGUGCACCUGUGGUACACUUUGCAUAAACGAAGCUACAGAAGCUGCAGCAACCUCGCUCGCCGGAGAACCGAGAAGUCAGGUUUGCGACUAGUCGACAGCGCGCGGUCCAGCCGAGGUCAAUCUCGGACAGGUGCCUUCCGCGAUCGACUGAUCGGUUCGCGACCCCCUCUGCUGUGUGAUCUCGUCCGGCACAGGUGGCACAGAAGAACGAGGGCUAUCUCGAAGUGCUCGCCAACAUACAUAGGUAGUGGAAAGGGUUGAUCGUGCUGAGAAGCCAGCCAGCAUCGCCUACGGGCUACUCCGUAAUCGCAUCCCUCAUGAGAAUAACUAGCCUCGCUGUCACCGUAACGAUUCGCCGUCAACCCGUUUGCGUCCGCAACAGUAGCGUCCCGUAGUAACAGCGUCGUCCGAGAAAGAGUGGCAGACUGUGAUAUUAUCUGGUGAUAGAGAAAUCGCCUUAUGAUCCACGUGUUACCUCAACGUACUCAAUGUCCGCGUAUCGAUUGAGUGUGAUCGUGACCUUGGUGAUGGCUGUCGCAUUUCUUAUGCCAGAAUCAGGAAAUGCACAAUCCGACGGUAGUUACGCAUUAAAAUGGUCGAUGAACGUACCGCAAAGAUAUUGCGGCAGAAGACUGUCCAAUGCUCUACAGACAGUCUGUACGGGCGUGUACAAUAACAUGUUCAAGAAGAACGUUCAACAGGAGGAGAACAAGACCCAACAGGAGAAGUCACAUUUUGUCGACCCCGGCACCAGACGCAGUAAUAUGUACUCAGAAUUGGAAGUGUCCGAAUAUCCGCUCAACUACGAGAGACCUUCCCUUUUUAUAUCCGGGAUGGGAGCAACACAGUUCAUAAACCGUUAUCGCGGCAGCCGCGUCCGAAGGGCUCGAGGUAUCUACGAGGAAUGCUGUCUCAAUGCGUGCACAUACAAUGAAUUGUCCACCUAUUGCGGCCCACAACAAUAGCUGACUCGCCGACAUUAAGUGUGUUUUAGGAGACUCUUCGAUUUUCGCUUGAUCGCACACUCGCACACACACAUACAUGUACACAGCGUACGACAUACAAAUAUGAACACACAUACAUAAGUACACGCGUUGAGAAACUUACCGGCAAUUGCAUCAUCUCGUUCACGCUGAAGAUUAACUCGUGAUAAUGACGUAUACAUUUAUAUAAUCAUAAAAAAAAAUUGAUUAUGUCGAUACACGAUUGUGUGUGGAAUUGUAUUCUUUGUUUAAUUUUUCGAGAACGAAAACAAGAAAGUGAGAGAGAGAGAGAGAGGGAGAGAGAGAGAGAGAGAAAGAGAGAGAGAGAGAGAGAGAGAGAGAGAGAGAGAGAGAGAGAGAGAAAGUGUGUAUGUGUGUGUGUAGCAGAAGAAAAAAUGGAUAAAAUUUGUUUAAACUAAUAAUUUGUUUAAAACAUUGAUGUUCAUGUUACGAUAACGAUUGUAAUCGUCGACACAAUUAUCAUUAAUAGCGCUGAAAACUUUAAUUGUGAUAUAAAUCCAAUUAUUAUAUAGAGCGAAAUUUCUCAAGCCGGAUAAGAUGUAUUUAGUCCGAUUCGAUUUUAUACGAUUAUUUUUGGAUCUCGAAUUUUAUUAUUAAUUCAUUAAUAUUUAUUAUUAAAGCAUUUUUUAAGGUUCUUCUUCCGCCUACUACUCUGCCUCACAUCCACGUCAAUCGGAUAUUUCAUAAAUAUAUAUUUAAGACACUGUUUUCUGCAGCAAAAUUGUGCAGGCGUUUCGUUUAAAUCGUGUUAUUAUAUUUUAUGUAAGGCGAUUUUUAUUCAAAAUCAUUUUCUAUUUGACCUGAUAAUAGUUUGAUACGGUAAAUUAAAACAGGCAUUGUGCCAAACUUUGAUUUA